GGCGCGUGCCCCUUCCAGAGCGGCCUGAAUGGGGAGUGGGUGAAGAAGGGCCACACCAAGACGGGCCACGCCUACUACAUGAAGGACUGGCGCAGCCUCUACUUCGACCACUCCUGUAACGGCGAUGGCUUCACCUCCACCUGGGUGUUCGACUCGACCGAGCCAGACCUGACCAGAGACCAGGACCUCGACAACGACGGCCUUUGCUCGUUCAUCGCGUACCACUUCUCCAGCGCCUCGAUGCCCGUCACUGGCGACGUAGAGUGGAGCGUCUUCUGCGGGGCGUGGUUCGACCCCAUCACCCUGACCAUCACGCCGGGCACCAGCCUGACGGACGCGCCGACGAUGUCUCCAGGCGAGACCCCGUCCCCGACCCCGGCGCCGGCUACCCUGACCAGCUUCACCAUUGCCAACUCCUGCGUGGAGAGGCCGUACCUCGAAGGCGAGUACAACGCGCAGGGGAUGACGGCCAGCGGCCUGCCGUACUACAGGCACGCGACGUACCCCGUGUACGUCUACUGGGACAAGCACUGCGACGGGGCGAGCUUCCCGAGCUCCUGGAUCUUCGACAACAGCAUCCCGAGCGCCGUCGCCGACAGCGACCUCGACGGUGAUGGCCAGUGCACCUUCUUCGGCUUCAUGGAAGCCCCCAUGGAGCUCCUCGAGGAGGGGGACAACGUGUUCAACAUCUACUGCAACGCCUGGAU